ACCUAGUAAAUGUAUGAUCUAUAAUAAACUAAUAAAAAAUAAUUAUAAAUAAAAUAAUUUAAGUAAAACUACGAGUGAGGCGAGCGACGUCGAUCUUGCGCAUGCGCAGACGGAACAUGUCUUCCGGUAGAGCUCAUUAAGUCCACCGGCAACGACGACGACAAAGGACGAGAAUACAUCCAUUUUUUCCGCUUCUUAUCCCUCAACCGAGGUCGAAUCAUUUAAAAAUGUUAAAAGAGUUGGUCAAAGAGCGACUAAUGGCAGCGGCCGAAGAAAUAUUUGGGCUGUUCGAAGGAACGAUAGCGUCGUACGAGGCAGAACUUUGUCGAACAAGAGAAGAGAACGAGCGACAACGACAACAACUGGAAGCUGCCGGCAAGACUCAAAUUGUGAUCCACCUUGAAGACAUUCAGCAGCUGAUUGGUCGCCAAGAUGGACCUCCCCCUCAGCCGCAGGAGGGGAGCUUUACUUUAAGGGAGGAGGCUCCACGGUCCCUGCAGGUCAAAGAGGAAGAGGAGGACCUCUGGAUCACUCAAGCAGGAGAGCGUCGUCUCGGGCCGGCUCUGUUUGGUGUCUCUGUGAAGACUGAAAACUCUCAAGACAAACCACAACACCUUCAUCACAGUCCAGGUCAGGUGCCUCCAAGCAGCAGCUCACUACAGCACAUUACAAAAGACAUUGGAGACCUCCGGGGAGGAUCACAAGCAGACAAUCUCUUUGUCCUACUCUCAGACAGCGACGGGACAACGUCACACUGUCCCGAGGACCGCGACAACACCAAAGAACCUUUGAGCAGCGAUACGGACUGCGAAGUUGUUAUGAGGACUCACACUGACAACAAACACUCUGAAUGCGGUGAAAAGAAGACCGGUAAAAAACUUGGGAACAUAAGAAAACGCAGAGGAGAAAAAACGUUUCGUUGUUCGUCUUGCGAGAAAGCAUUCCAUUACAAGUCAGACUUGGUAAAUCACAUGAGGAUACACACCGGAGAAAAACCUUUCAGGUGUGUGGUCUGUGGUGAGCAAUUUGCUCACAAGUCCAAUAUGAAGAGACACGCAAUAAAUCACACGGACGAAAAACCUUUCAGUUGUUCAGUUUGCGGUAAAAGAUUCUAUAGUCAGUUAACUAUGGAAUCACACAGGAGAUCACACACGGGAGAAAGGCCUUUUAGUUGUUCAGUGUGUAACAAAACAUUCUCUCAAAAUGCAACUGUGGUGAAACACAUGAGAACGCACACAGGAGAAAAACCUUACGGUUGUUCCUUCUGCAGUAAAGCGUUCUCUCAGAAGACAAAUAUGGUAUCACAUAUGAGAAUACACACAGGAGAAAAGCCUUAUAGUUGUUUAUUGUGUGGUAAAAGUUUCUCUAAUAAAUCAAACAUGCAAAAACACAUUAGAAUACACGGGAGAAAAAACUUCUAAUUCUUCAGUUUGUAGCGAAAGAUAAUCGGAGAAGUCAAAACUGGUGAAACACAUUAAAGGCCUACUGAAAUGAUAUGUUCUUAUUUAAACGGGGAUAGCAGGUCCAUUCUAUGUGUCAUACUUGAUCAUUUCGCGAUAUUGCUAUAUUUUUGCUGAAAUGAUUUAGUAGAGAACAUCCACGAUAAAGUUCGAAAACUUUUGGUCGCUAAUAAAAAAGCCUUGCCUGUACCGGAAGUAGCAGACGAUGUGCGCGUGACAUCACGGGUUGUGGAGCUCCUCACAUCCUCAUAUUGUUUAUAAUCAUAGUCUCGAGCUAUUCGGACCGAGAAAGUGAUGAUUUCCCCAUUAAUUUGAGCGAGGAUGAAAGAUUAGUGGAUGAGGAAAGUAAGAGUGAAGCACAAAAAAAAAAAAGCGACGGCUCUGGGCGGCGGCAGUGGAAGGGUUUCAGAUGUAAUUAGACACAUUUACUAGGAUAAUUUUGGAAAAUCCCUUAUCAGCUUAUUGUGUUAAUAGUAUUUUAGUGAGAUUCUAAAGUCAUACCUAAAAGUCGGAAGGCUGCGGUGAACGCCAGUGUCUCUGAGAGAAGCCGAGGAGCCAAGAUCACAGCUGCCUUUUUGACAGCUACAGGUUGAGGUCCCAUAUUCCACUGAAGUCUCCGGUAAGAGCCGACUUAAUAUCACAAUUUUCCCAUCCAAAAACUUGCUGGUUGACGUAGAGAAACAUGUUCGCUUGACCGCUCUGUGUUAAAGCUUCACAACAAACAAAGAAACACCGGCUGUUAGGGGUGUAACGGUACGUGUAUUUGUAUCGAACCGUUUCGGUGCGGGGGUUUCGGUUCGGCACGCGGGCGUACCGAACAGGUUCGGAAGCAGAAGUCUUCACAAGCUGCUCUGCUUUCUGCCUAUGUCUCUGCCUCAUUGUCCCGCCCACACAACCAUCUGAUUGGUUACAUACAAAGCCAAUCAGCAGUGCGUAUUCAGAGCGAUGUAACAGCCAAUCAGCAGUGCGUAUUCAGACUUCAGAGCGAUGUAGUCAAUGCUUUAGCGUCGAGCAGAUAUUCGUCUAGCAGGGGAGGAGCGGACUCUACCCAAAUUAUACUAAACACUUCCCAGUCACAACUAUUACAAACAUCACUAUGAGCCCGUUGACCUUCUAGAAACUUAAACUGCAGCUCAGCUCGCUCACAGUAUAGGCUUGAGAUAAAGGCUAUUUAGCUUUUAGCGUAACGUUAGCUCAUUUUUCUCUGUGCGUGUGCAUGUUUUAGGGGCAGCAAAGCCCUGUCUGUCUGUUAUUUCAUUGAACUCCAUUGUGUUUAGGGAUGAAUAGUCUCUCCUAUUGCAAUUGUACUAUUUUUCAGCUAUAGUUAAAUGAAUCAUUAGUAAUGUAGCAGCCUAGUUUUGAAUAGCAGGGUCCCUGCUAUCACAUGUUGAUAAAAAUACAACAUUUACAUAAUAAAAGUCACCUACAGGCUUCCCAAAUGCUGUAAUAAAUUAAGCAUGAUGAGUUGACAUUAAACAGUUUCAAUGGAAACUGUUUAAUAUUAAACUUUUUUAUGUAGAAGAAAGGUUUUUUUCAUUUUAUUGAAUCAAAGCAACAAUUUGAGGCAGUUUAAUGUGGAUUAACGUGGGCAGAAUUAUUAUAGUGUUCCCAAUGUUAAAAGGAUGAAACCAUCCAUCCAUCCAUUUUCUACCGCUUAUUCCCUUUUUUGGGGUCGCGGGGGGCGCUGGCGCCUAUCUCAGCUACAAUCGGGCGGAAGGCGGGGUACACCCUGGACAAGUCGCCACCUCAUCGCAGGGCCAACACAGAUAGACAGACAACAUUCACACACUAGGGCCAAUUUAGUGUUGCCAAUCAACCUAUCCCCAGGUGCAUGUCUUUGGAGGUGGGAGGAAGCCGGAGUACCCGGAGAGAACCCACGCAGUCACGGGGAGAACAUGCAAACUCCACACAGAAAGAUCCCGAGCCUGGAUUUGAACCCAGGACUGCAGGAACUUCGUAUUGUGAGGCAGACGCACUAACCCCUCUGCCACCGUGAAGCCCUGGAUGAAACCAUUGUUUACAAAUUUGGUAAAUAAAUAACCAAAAAAUUAAUAUUUUUUUUUAUUUCUUACUGUACCGAAAAUGAACCGAACCGUGACCUCCAAACCGAGGUACGUACCGAACCGGAAUUUUUUUGUACUGUUACACCCCUACCGGCUGUGUUUCGGUGCUAAAAGCAGCUGCAAUCCACCAACAGCGUUCUUCUUUGACGUCUCCAUCAUUAUUUCAACAAAUUGUAAAAUAUUCAGCAACACAGAUGUCCAAAUUACUGUGUAAUUAUGCGACGAAAAGAGACGACUUUUAGCCGAGAUGUCACAAACACGCGUCAUCAUACGCAUCAUCAUUCUGCGACGUUUUCAACAAGAAACUCUGCGGGAAAUUUAAAAUUGCAAUUUAGUAAACUAAAGCGGCCGUAUUGGCAUGUGUUGCAAUGUUAAUAUUUCAUCAUUGAUAUAUAAACUAUCAGACUGCGGGUAGUGGCUUUCAGUAGGCCUUUAAACAUAGCAAGGCAACAAUCGUAGUCUGAAGGAAGACACAGAGACACACUCGCAUAACUCAGGACUGCUGGAUCGGACUGGAAGACCCAUGGGCGUAUUUACUUAUUUGAGUUCCCAAGUCAAAUUUAGUCACAUAAAAAAACAUGGAAAUUUUGUAUUUUUUUAGAACUGUAUCAACACUUUGACUGUAAUUCAUUGGUACAUCAAUCGACAAUCUAGUACAGUGGUUCUCAACCUUUUUUCAGUGAUGUACCCCCUGUGAAUUUCUUUUUUUUAAUUCAAGUACCCCCUAAUCAGAACAAAGCAUUUUUGGUUGAAAAAAAAAAAGAGAUUAAGAAGUAAAAUACAGCAAUAUGUCAUCAGUUUCUGAUUUAUUGAAUUGUAUAACAGUGCAAAAAUAUUGCUCAUUUGUAGUGGUCUUUCUUGAACUAGUUGGAAAAGAAGAUUUACAAAUAACUAAAAACUUGUUGAAAAAUGAACAAGUGAUUCAAUUAUAAAUAACGAUUUCUACACAUAGAAGUAAUCAAUCAAUUAAUCAAUCAAUGUUUAUUUAUAUAGCCCCAAAUCACAAAUGUCUCAAAGGACUGCACAAAUCAUUACGACUACAGCAUCCUCGGAAGAACCCACAAAAGGGCAAGGAAAACUCACACCCAGUGGGCAGGGAGAAUUCACAUCCAGUGGGACGCCAGUGACAAUGCUGACUAUGAGAAACCUUGGAGAGGACCUCAGAUGUGGGCAACCCCCCCCCCCCCCUCUAGGGGACCGAAAGCAAUGGAUGUCGAGCGGGUCUAACAUGAUACUGUGAAAGUUCAAGCCAUAGUGGCUCCAACACAGCCGUGAGAGUCCAGUUCAAAGCGGAUCCAAGACAGCAGCGAGAGUCCCGUCCACAGGAAACCAUCUCAAGCGGAGGCGGAUCAGCAGCGUAGAGAUGUCCCCAAUCGAUACAGGCGAGCGGUCCAUCCUGGGUCCCGACGAGCGGUCCAUCCUGGGUCUCGACUCUGGACAGCCAGUACUUCAUCCAUGGUUAUCGGACCGGACCCCCUCCACAAGGGAGGGGGGGACGUAGGAGAAAGAAAAGAAGCGGCAGAUCAACUGGGCUAAAAAGGAGGUCUAUUUAAAGGCUAGAGUAUACAGAUGAGUUUUAAGGUGAGACUUAAAUGCUUCUACUGAGGUGGCAUCUCGAACUGUUACCGGGAGGGCAUUCCAGAGUACUGGAGCCCGAACGGAAAACGCUCUAUAGCCCGCAGACUUUUUUUGGGCUCUAGGAAUCACUAAUAAGCCGGAGUCUUUUGAAGGCAGAUUUCUUGCCGGGACAUAUGGUACAAUACAAUCGGCAAGAUAGGCUGGAGCUAGACCGUGUAGUAUUUUAUACGUAAGUAGUAAAACCUUAAAGUCACAUCUUAAAGAGCCCUCUUUGGGGAUUGUAAUAGAGAUCCAUCUGGAUUCAUCAACUUAAUUCUAAACAUUUCUUCACAAAAAAAGAAAUAUUUAACAUCAAUAUUUAUGGAACAUGUCCACAAAAAAAUCUAGCUGUCAACACUGAAUAUUGCAUUGUUGCAUUUCUUUUCACAGUUUAUGAACUUACAUCCAUUUUUUUAAGUAUUAUUCAAUAAAUAUAUUUAUGAAGGAUUUUUGAAUUCUUGCUAGUUUUAGAAUAUUAAAAAAAAAACCUCACGUACCCCUUGGCAUAACUUCAAGUACCCCCCUUUGAGAACCACUGAUCUAGUACACGCCAUUUUUAGAGGCCAUUUUUUUGGGUGGCAUAAUUACAACAUUUUAUUUUUAUGAAGGGUAUAAGUUUUACUCGUGGAAAAGAAAAGAGCUCUUUCAACUCCUUAUUGUAACGCUCUUGUGGUCGACUUUGGAGAACUUGACAUAUGUAAAGUGUGACGUGACGGAGUGGGACACAAUGUUGUAUAAAUAAUUGUAGAAAUGUAGCCCACAUAAUGAGUUUUUUUAAAUUAUUGUUAUUUUUGUAUUUAAUCUUUUUUUAUGUGUAUUUUUAAUGUCCUUUUCUGUGUUGUGUGUACAGUGUUACUGACUUAGGACUUAAUAAUAUUUUAGAUAUAAUAUCUGAAAGUACUGUAUACAUUUAAACAUAAGUAGGAGGUCACUGCUGUCUCUCUAUUUCAGUUUGAGAAUACUUGGUGUUGAAAAUGUUGAAGAGCCCUGAUUUUAAGGGUUCAAGAACUGGUGCAGCACAUAUGCGACAUACGUUUGGCAUCAUACGGUUAACCCUGGAAGCUAUUGAAGAAAGAUUUUACAUUUUUAAUAUUAAAAUAAAUCCUAUGAAGUUCCCGUUUGUUUUUUUGUUUGUAAUUUGUGCAUGUGCACUACAAGGCUAGCACGAAUAAUUUCCUAGAUCACAUGACCUAGAAGCUAGUGAACAAAUAUUUG